AUGGUGAGUCGCUUCUUCAUACGGAACUUUAUCCUUUGUGGCCUCAUAGCCAGCUGCCAACUGCGGAUUCCAGUCGGCGAGGUAGAGAUCCACUUGGACAACGAAAUUCGUUACUUACUCCAACUGAUCGACUCAAUGAGAAGUUUCUUCGGAGUUUACUGUGUAAUCACAUAUACAGGUCACAUCGAUCUGAGGCCUUCGCUCCAGCAGAUGAUUAUGGAUAACUUGUCAUUACCGAUUUUUAACGUUGGUUCCGAUCUCGGACCGGUUAAUCACCAUUAUCUGAAGGCUGAAAAUUUGGUGAUUGCUUUUUUUACUGGCCUGAACGAUCCAACUCUGGCCGCUCUUAACGACAAGGAGCUUGGCCAUGACAGAGUGUUUUUAAUCCUUCUUCACGUUUUGCCGCCAAAUACUAAGGAGCUCUUCACAGCGGAUUCUAUUCGGGAAUUAUUCAACUGGUGCUGGGAUCACUCCAUAGAUCGCAUAAUGCUUAUUAUUCGAGGCGAGAAAAAGAUCGAAUUAUGGUCUUUUUAUCAUUUAGAUGAAAUGAUCAUAUUUCAAAUCGAAAGUUCUAAACCGUUUUUGGAAAAUAUUCGAAGGCAUAACUACAGAUUUGUCGUUCAAGUUGUCAAUGAUCCUCCAGCUGUUUUUUGGUACAACUCUUCGGAACAAGCAAAUGUGACUGGCGGGGACAAUAUAAGUUUGUCCGGCCCCAUCGGUGUGAUGAUUGUGGAUUUUAUGCGUCACCUGAAUGUGACCAUGGACAUUAUUCCGAGUGCGGGGCACCAGACAUCUAAGUAUGAGAUCUUUCGACAGCCAGAUGAUCGGAGAGUAGAUGUCGUGGCCAAUAUGGUGUAUGGCGACCACCUCCAUUUCAGCCCCAUAGUGGCGGACUCACAGAUCUGUGUGGUGGUGUCCAAUCGAAGGAUGAUUCCUCCGAGCAGAUUCAUGGACGAAGUUAUAAGCCUCUGUGUUCACCGACUCACGUGUCUUGCCAGCAUUGGCAUAUUCCUUGUCAAGUACUUCUCCCAACGCCGACGAUCAUUUCUGGACCCGAUCUUCAAUACCAUUCGAUUUUACGUAGCUAUUCCGCUGCCCAAUGGUCGUCUCGAACGAUUGCCCAUAGCGGACAAGAUAUUAGAGGUAUUUGUUUUUUUUUUCGUAGGACUUCUGGUGAGUUCGAAUGUAUCGGUACUGUCCACUGCAUUUACAGCGGGUAUUUUCAAAUCUGCGAUCACAAACGCCGAAACGUUGCGAGCUAGUGGUCUAAAGAUAAUGACAGACGAUCCAACAAUACCGUUGGCAUUUGAUGAUGAUCUUUUGCCAAGCUCACUGGCGGAUCGGGUAUUUCUUGUGGACUUUCCGACUAUGUUUCACCACAUUCUCACCCUUAACGACAGUUACGCAUAUGUGGUGAAAACGCCCAAUUGGCAAUCACUUCGACUCUAUCAGCAGCGUCUGAAGACCGAGAUCUUACGGAUUGUUGGGGGAGACCUCUGCUCCAAGAGCCGACCUAUGCGAGUCCCCAUUAAUCCAAGAUCGCCGUUGCGGUUUCUUUUCAAAGACUAUUUCCAUAUGGUUUUCGAGUCAGGUCUUCAACAGAAAUGGAUUCGGAUGGGUUUUGAAAAGUUCCGUGAAAUUAGGAUCCAAACCAAUUUGCCCACAGACAUUAAUGUGAACUGGAGACCGCUGACAAUCGAAUAUUUUGCAUAUUUUAUUAAAUUAUACAUAGGCGGAAUGGUUAUCAGCACAAUGGCAUUCGGUAUUGAAAUGCUCUAUAACAGAUAUAGAAGCUAAAAUAUAUUAACAAAAAUGUGGAUAUAUUAACAAACCAAAAUUUGAUAAUUUUGUUUUUAUGAUAAUAAUGUCUAAUGUUUAAAGCAUUUUUGCGACUCAGCAACCCAUAUUAUAACCCAUAUUAAUGUUAUAGACAUAUUUCUUACUAAUGAUCGCUUGUGAAUGUGUGCCUUUUUGAAAAUCGAUGAUAAAUAAAUACAGCACCGCUU